UGCCACUCACUUAUAGAUUAGUCUCCAUUUGCCAUAACUAAAUAGUUACCCUGGACAUCAAGUAGCGACAUUUUAUCCAAAUUGCCACCUUGCCAGUUUUCUUCUUCUUCUUGGUUGUUUGUUUUUAAGUGUGACGCUGACGUCAGGCGAGUCCUGAAACAGAUGUGGUUCCGCAGCGCGGGAGCUGCCCAGCUGAGGUGAAGCAGAGGGCAGAGGACCACGGUUCGUCCCCUGCGUGUUCAGGCUGCUCCUUCACAUGAGACCAUGAUCUGAAGAGGGUGCUGCACACUCAACCCCGCUGUUCCUUUCUUCCUUCUCCCUCUUUUUAUUUUCAGUUUUUUUUAUUUUUCUACGUGGUGACAGUUUCAACGCCCAGCCAUUUGGAGCAGGAUCAGCAAGUACGAAGAGGACAGAGAUACUUGAGGAAAAACACAACAGCCAUCUCUGACCUCUGACUUUCCCACGCUCCCUGCCCCUCCCUCUGCAAAACCAAAACCAUGGGGAGGAAAAAGAUUCAGAUUCAGAGGAUCACCGAUGAACGCAACAGACAGGUGACUUUCACCAAGCGGAAGUUUGGUCUGAUGAAAAAGGCUUAUGAGCUGAGUGUUCUGUGCGACUGUGAGAUUGCCCUCAUCAUCUUCAACCACUCCAACAAGCUGUUCCAGUACGCCAGCACUGACAUGGAUAAGGUUCUGCUCAAAUACACAGAAUACAACGAGCCUCACGAGAGCCGGACCAAUGCUGACAUAAUUGAGACAUUGCGAAAGAAAGGUUUUAAUGGCUGCAACAGCCCCGAACCCGAUGGGGAUGACUCCAUCGACCAAAGCCCACUAAAUGACGACAAGUACCGCAAGACCGAAGACCUGGACAGCCUCUUCAAACGCUACGGCGCUCUGAACAAGAAAGAGCAUCGGGACUCUGAGAGCCCAGACCCAGAGGAGCCCUUCUCCCUCACCCCCCGCACUGAAGAAAAAUACAAAAAAAUUGACGAGGAGUUUGAAAUGAUGCAGAACUAUAGGCUGUCAUCUACUGUCCCACAGCCCACCUUCUCCAUGCCGGUCACCGUGCCCGUGUCCAAUCAGAAUGUGGCAGCUCUCCAGUUCGGUAACAACCCCGGUGGUGCCCUGGUAACCACCACCUCCUUCGUCACCUCCACCCUUACGGACCCCCGUCUCCUCUCGCCACAGCAACCAGCUCUGCAGAGGAACACUGUGUCCCCAGGGUUACCACAGCGACCAGCCAGCGCAGGUGCUCUCUUAGGAGGAGAUCUGGGAAACUCCAAUGGAGCGUGUCCAAGUCCAGUCCCAAAUGGCUACAUCAGUGCAAGGGCGUCACCAGGCCUCCUGUCUGUCUCCAAUGGCAACAGCCUGGGUAAAGUAGUGUCCUCUAAGUCGCCACCUCCGCCCAGCGCUCAGAUGCUCAACAGUCGCAAGCCCGACCUAAGGGUCAUCACCUCCCAAGGCAGCAAGAGUCUCAUUCAGCUGACAGAGGAGGAGCUGGAGUUGGUGAGUGAGAAUGCCCAGCGUCUAAGCAGCACCCAGGUGCCACAGCCGCUUACCACACCAGUUGUCUCUGUGGCAACACCCAGUCUCCUUGCGCCUUUUUCCGGCAUGCAAACAGCCUACAACACUGAGUACCAGCUGACGAGUGCAGAUCUCACAGCGCUCCAGACGUUCACACCACCAGGGCUGGUGCCUGGCAACAUGGCUGCCUGGCAACAGCAGUCAGCAGUCUCCCAGCAACAACCGCAGCAGCAACAACCACAACAGCCAAGCUUGGCAUCCCUCAGUAACUUGGUCAUGUGGGGAGCAGAAAAACAGAAUGCGGAGAUGAUUAACUGUAUCUCCAAUUUUUCUGCUAACCUGAGCUUGGCCUCUCAGUCCAACUUGCUGUUUGGCAGGGAGGAAGGUCUCUGCUGGCCGGUCAGCCACAUAGCUCAGGGCGCUGCACUGACAGUUAACACCAACUCCAACAUCAACAUCAAGUCAGAACCUGUCUCACCAAACCGUGACCGCAGCACUCCCAGCUCCACCAGUGGAGGCACAGGAGGGCAAGCUCAAAGCCAGGGACAAGGGUUGGUGGCUGUCGCCUACCCUGCAACCCUUCACCUGGAGGUCACAGGCCAAGGACGCUCACCUGUUGACAGUCUCAGCAGCAACGGCAGCUCCUAUGAGGGUAGCGACCGAGACGAUGGAGCCCAGGGUCGAGGUGGCGGCCCAGACUUCCACCACCCGGCAGGCACUGGGGCCCAACAGCCCACCAUGGUCGUCCUGCGGCCUACCUCUGCAGAGCCCCAGGAGCAGGACGGGACCAAUGUGAAGAGAAUGAGACUGAAUACCUGGGUGACAUAGAGAGAUGGCCAGAGUAACAGAUGGCACUUGUGGCUUGUGUACAUGACUCCACCCACCAGCCCGACACCACAGUUUUCCUUCCCUGUGCGAUCACAUAUACACACACACACACACACGAGUAUAUGUAUACCAACACUAGCAUGCUAACAUAUGUCACACAUGGACACCAACAUACUUCAUGGCAGUGUCCAUACAUGUUUGAACUCUAAUAUAUUUUAACAUGCAAAUCCCAAACGGUUGAGCCACUGAACCAGGGAUCAUUUGUCAAAACAAAACCAUUAGGCUUAAUUCACUUGUAUUUCAUUUGAAGUGAGCAAGACUGAUUUUCCUUUUUCUCCUCUAUAAAAACACACAAACUCCAGUGGCUAGCAAAACCCAAAAUUUGUCCGCUUUAACCAGCAAGCCAACAUGUGGGUUUCUUAGCAUUUGGUUAGCAUUCUGUGCUUCGAUACGUCAGCACCCAUUUUCUGUCGAAGACGUGACCGUGACCGCACUGAUUGAGAACAGUGCCAACGAACUAGUCCACGUAUGUGAACUGCAGUCGUUGCAGUUCUGUGUUUGUGUUCUAAGGGCCUGUUGAUCUUUUUAAAAUGUGGCAUUCUGUCCUGUCUAGACUGUUGUUCUUCAGAGAUUCGUUUUGGUUUUGAAUAUAAGACACUGAAGUGAGCAGCAAUCUUACAAGUCAGGCUGGCAGCCAUGUUGGCAGUACGUCACUUUUUGCCCUGACGAGAUGUUUGGUUCUUCACUUAAUCAGAACCGUGCUGACAAAAUGCAAAACAAAGGAAGACGAUUUGUUGACAAGGUAAAAGACUGCUUUUCUUUGAAUCAGGGAUGAGUUGCGACAGCUCAGUAACACGACGCAGAGACUCCUGCUUUCAUUGCCACCAUUCAGCUCAACAUGCUGAGAAGUGUGUGUGUUUGUGCGUGUGUACAUUUGUUACCUCAGAUUUUUUUUGUUUGUUUUUUAACAGAGGACUUUGGCUAAAUACUCACACUCAGAUUCAUCCUCAAACACACGCUUGCAGUGCAAACAGCCAAAAGUAUUUUUGUGAAGCACCUUGUGUUUUGAAGGGAUUUAAUAAGCGAACUUUCACAGUGCAGAAUUCUGAGGUAAAAUGUAUAUAAGCAACCUGCAUCCUUCAUCGCUUUUGUGUGACUGGGAUAAGUAUUUUGAAGGUUAUUUAAAAAAAAAUGUAAAAAAAAAAAAAUAAAUAAAAAAUACACCGGUGUAUGUUUAAACAAUUUUGGGCAGCUUUGCACCUGGCAGAGACUACAACAGUCAAUGGGAAUUGUGUAUAGAUAUAUAUAUAUGAACUCUAUAUUUGGC